CGGUACACACACCUAAUACAUGCACUUAUGCCCUCUUUCUUCGCCUAAGGGUUCACACAUCGGGGACGAGCUUCGAAGGCCUAACUUACAACAACUCGGACUGAACGAACAGUCAGACAGACAGGAUGAAGCGUCAAGGACAGUUACUGUCCCUUAUAUCCAAGGCCGGUGGUCCAGGUGUUAAGGUUCGGUCCAAGGUAAUUGGUAGGCCCCUCUUUGGCCCCCGGUGCGUAGUCGACACUAGUACUCAGCUGAUUUUCCCUAGGCGGCUAUCUAUGGCUACCCCAGGCCUUGUAGGAGAGGAUCGGGUUGUUCACAGUCACCACCCACCCCUGAAUCUUCCGAAGGAAGCCUUCGGGCACACGAUGAUAGAGGCGCUAACUAGGGGGGGAAACUCACAGGCCAUCUACGAAGUGGAUACUGGGCGUCAGUAUACCAACUCCGAUCUCAAGGAUGCCAUGGUCAUGGUGGCCAGUGGUCUCAUCAAAUUAGGCUACAAGAAAGGUGACGUCAUCAGUAUAUGUGCACUGAACUCCGCGGAGUAUGUCAUCCUGUGCCUGGGUGUGAUUGCCAUUGGUGGAACUGUCUCUUUCAUCAAUCCCCUGUGUUCUGUUGACGAUUUACGUGACCAUUUGGUGGACUGUAAGGCCCGAGCAAUUGCCACUUUCCCUCAGUUUACACCCAUAGUACAGAAUGUUCGACAAGCUUUGCCAAACCUAAAGGACGUGAUAGUGUUUGGAGAGGCGGAAGGUUGCUGCCCCUUCUCUUCCCUGCUCUCCGAUGAUGGAUCCGCUUUUCCUGACCGCGUAGACAUCGACCCGACCUCGGACAUCGUCCUGCUCCCCUACUCUAGCGGCACCACUGGCAUGCCGAAAGGUGUCAUGAUAACUCACAGCACUAUCAGCGCCAACAUCAAACAGUUUAUUGGGGCAUUCCCUUCCGUGCCUGAGGACCGGAUGCUUUGUUAUCUCCCCCUGUUCCAUAUCUUUGGCUUGAUGACUUCGCUGAGUGCUCUCGUCGCCGGUGUAACCCUAGUUGUGACGCCUCGUUUUGACCAGAACAUGCUGUCAGUGCUAGAAGAACAAAGGAUUUCCAUCCUGAACCUAGUGCCCCCAGUCUGCAUGUUCCUUUCCAAACAUCCUUUAGCCCAGCAAACUGACCUGUCGAGCGUAAGGGUGGCGGUGUCUGGAGCAGCAGCCCUCAGCGCUGACCUCUUGGAACAGUUCCAGUCUGCCACUGGUAUCCAGAACACCAUACAAGGUUACGGAAUGACCGAAUGUCCGAUCGCUAUUUUGGAUUGCAAGCCAGCGCUCUCUGGCUCUGUUGGCCGCCUACUUCCAAACACAAGAGCUAAGAUUGUGGAUGUGUCUGACGGUAGGGUAUUAGGUGCCGGGGAGAAAGGAGAGAUCUGCCUGCAGGGUCCUCAGGUGAUGGCCGGGUAUUACGGAAACCCACAGGCUACCAACGACUCUCUGUCACAAGGCUGGCUACGGACAGGUGAUAUUGGAUAUUACAACAGCGAUGGUUAUUUCUUCAUUCAUGACCGACUCAAAGAACUAAUCAAGUACAAAGCUUUCCAGGUAGCUCCUGCCCAAUUAGAGGCCAUCUUACAGACACAUCCGGGUGUACGAGACGCCGCGGUGAUUGGGGUACCGGACGAAGAGGCUGGGGAGGUGCCAAGGGCGUUCGUGGUAACCGUGACGGGGGUAUCACCCACAGAGGAGGAUAUAACGAAUUUUGUAAAAGAACGUGUAUCGGCCUACAAGCAACUGAGGGGCGGAGUAAGAUUUAUCCACGAGAUUCCCAAAUCAGCAAGUGGUAAAAUUCUCCGGCGGGUCUUGAGAGAAUCCUGAAUGCU